AUUUCUCAAUGGCAGUUGAUGUUGCCCGUUUGGGUGCCCGACUCAUUUGCCUUGUCUCAGCAUUGACAGUUGGUUUCACUCUGAUUACAUUCAUUCAUAUUUCAUCUAAAAUCCAAAAAACAGAAAAUGAAAUAAUUGGAAACCAAUCGGCUUUUAAGGCAAAAUCUCAAGUAAUCUGGGCUGAACUUAUGGAAACUGGAAGAUCUCUUCGUAUUCCAAGAAGUUCUUAUGGAACAGAUGAAAAGAAAGGAGUUCUUCAUCAAUGUAGUCAAUGUACACGACUUCAUUGUCCACAAGGACCAAUUGGAGAAGAAGGUUCUCCAGGAAAUGAUGGUCAACCAGGAACACCUGGAAAACCGGGAUCUCCAGGUUUAGAGGGAGUUGAUGUAGAUCUUGAACCACAAGAGGAGCUUCCAUGCUCAAUUUGUCCAGCAGGACCUCAAGGACCACGAGGUGCUCAGGGAGAACGUGGAUUGCCAGGAAAUGCGGGACGAAAAGGAAAAUCUGGAAAGUCGGGACAUCCAGGACAACCAGGAGGAAUCGGAGCAAGUGGAGCAAAAGGACCAACUGGUACACGUGGAACACCUGGAAUGAAGGGACCACCAGGAGAUACUAUUAUUGCCGGAGAAGGAAUUAAAGGACCUCCAGGGCUACAAGGAUCACAAGGACCUAAAGGACCACCAGGAAAUUCCGGUAGAUCAUCUAAUAUUAGAGGUCCAUCAGGUAAACCUGGACAACAGGGUGGAAUUGGAGGAACUGGAAAGUUCGGAAAAUACGGAGAGCAGGGUGGAAUCGGUGCACCGGGAGAACCAGGACUGCCAGCAACAUAUUGUCCAUCCGAUUGUGGAGUUAACACGAUUCUCUCACAAUUUGGAAGUCGUGCUCAACAUCCAGAAUCGAUCAACGGAGAGGACAAUGGAGCACCUGCAGCAAAUACAGAAGAGUACAAUUCUGAAGAACGAAUUGAAUCGCCAGCUCCACCUGCUCCACAGCCAACUACCAAUCAGCAACAGGAAACCGUUGCAGCUGCUGCAUCCGAACAGGAAUCAUUUGAAGAAUCAUCUUAUAGAAGUUUCUUUGGACAUUAAUCAUUCUUAUUUUAAUAAAAUUUGUUAACAUUGUGUUUACAUUAUUUUUUAAAGUUUGUAACUUUAUCUAUUCCUACAAAGGGUGAAAAAUAAAAUAUAGGAUAUAAA